AUGGAGAUGUACGAGAUCUGCGGCGAGGAAGCCCCCGCCCUGGUCGCCGCCGUCGCGGACGGCGGAGACGGCGGCAGUCUGUUGGGCGCCAUGGAGCAGCUCAUCGAUCACGAGGACGGUGCACUCCAGCCCGCGGCUGCAGGUGCGGAAGGAGGAGGCGGCCUCUGUGGCCCCCUGCAGCAGCUCAUCGACUUCGGGGACCGCCGCCUGCAGACCGCGAGCUUCUUCAUUGUCUGGGUUUGCUGCGUGCUCAUCAACGCCGUGGUCCUGAACCCCGCCGCUAACCUGGAGCACAAAUUAGUGGGCUUCGUCGUCCUCAUAAUCGGCGCCUGGCUCGCUCUCCUCACGCUCGCCGGGGCGGUGCAGGGCGGGGUGCCGCGCGUGCGGAGAGAUUCCUCAGGGGAUUGUUCUUCUAGCAAGAUCCGCUUAUGCGCAGCAGCUGCAUAG